AUGAAUCGGAACAUAAGCCGUUUUAACAGUUCUGGCUCGGGACCCGAUGCGUUCAAUUUCGAUCGCCCUGCCUGGGUGGCGAACACUCUAGCCGGACUGCUCAUAUUUACCAUCGUGAUUGAUAUCUUGGGGAACCUACUCGUCAUUUUGUCAGUUUACAGGAACAAAAAACUGAGGAACGCCGGAAAUAUAUUUGUUGUCAGCCUGGCCAUUGCAGAUCUUGUAGUGGCAAUUUAUCCAUAUCCCAUGGUCUUGACAUCAAUAUUUCAUAACGGCUGGAACCUGGGCUAUCUGCAUUGCCAAAUCAGUGGUUUCCUGAUGGGUUUAAGUGUGAUUGGAUCAAUUUUUAACAUCACCGGCAUUGCCAUCAAUCGAUAUUGCUACAUUUGUCACAGCCUGAAGUACGACAAGCUCUACAGUGAUAAGAAUUCUUUGUGCUUUGUAAUCCUCAUCUGGGCCCUGACGUUUAUAGCUAUCGUCCCAAAUCUAUUUGUGGAAUCUUUACAAUAUGACCCGAGAGUCUACUCUUGCACUUUUGUGCAAUCUGUGAGCUCUGCCUAUACUGUGUCAGUGGUGUUCUUUCACUUCAUUCUUCCCAUCUCUAUUGUCACCUUUUGCUACCUGAGAAUAUGGGUCCUCGUCAUCCAGGUUAGAAGACGAGUGAAGCCGGACAUGAGACCAAAACUGAAGCCUCAUGAUUUGCGAAAUUUUGUGACAAUGUUUGUGGUUUUUGUGCUCUUUGCUGUCUGUUGGGCACCGCUUAAUAUUAUUGGUCUUGCAGUUGCCGUGAAUCCAGAUACAAUUGCCCCAAGAAUUCCAGAAUGGCUAUUUGUUGCCAGUUAUUUCAUGGCAUAUUUCAACAGCUGCCUUAACGCGAUUAUCUAUGGACUUUUGAAUCAGAAUUUCAGGAGAGAGUACAAGAGGAUUAUUAUCUCAGUGUGCACAGCACGGAUUUUCUUCCUUGAGAGUUCCAAUGAUGCUCCUGACAGAAUUAAAAGUAAACCUUCUCCUUUAAUGACAAACAAUAAUCAAGUGAAAGUAGAUUCUGUCUGAAUGGUUUUUGCAUUCACUCUAUGUGCCAGUCAAAGAAGCUACAGAGAAAAGCACAUUAUAUAGA